CCUCGCUACAUAAAGUGCAUCGUGUGCAAACAUUGCAAGCCAUAUAGGCGCAAAGACAACACAAGACAUGACACAUACACAAAACACAAAAUAACGCCGCCAGUAAACCUACUGUAUAUUACACAGUGCAGUGUAUGUAAGAGAGAACUGACUACAGGAGUGUACCUUGUGAUUACCAAAAUGUAAACAAAAGAGUUGGUGCAAAACAGCAAUAUCAGCAGUCAAAAAGAUGUGUAAUAUGUUAAUGUCAAAUGUCUAUGCAUUUUACUGUAAUUACAGUAUUUAGCCCUUGCGAAGUAAAUAUUAUAUGUAGCAUUUUAUAUUUUUUCUUAUGGUUACGUCAAAUGUCGAUGCAUAUAGUGGUGCCAUUACUCGUCGUCAUCAUCUUCUUUCUCUCUCUCUCUCUCCCUGGUGUUUUUACCAGAAAGUUAACCGUUUAAUUAACUCAGCUAAGCUUCAUGUCCACAACAAUUAACAACAUUAAAAUAUAAUUAAAUAAAUAUUUGUUUAAAGGUGGAAUAUAUUGUCUGGUCACUUGAGGAUGUAUAAUGUGAAAACGUGUUACAUGGCCUAAAAUCACUCCUGAUUUAGUAACCUAUUCACUGUUAACGUUUGCUGUAUAAUAUUUGUUUUCAACAGAAUAAAGAUUUAAAAUAGUUGAAGAACUCAAAGCAGUCCUCUGUCUCCUGUCUGCUCUGAGGAAGUGAACGACGCCAUCAUCAGCUAAAGUGUCGACACUUCCAACGUUAAGCUUUCCAGGACCAUGGCUACCUGUGUGGCUUCCAGGUGUGAUGUUGCUUCUUAUGGAGGCAACAAAGCAUUUCCUGCUAAAAAGCCAAUUACACAAGUGGCCUUAAACAGUGCCGAUGGCAUCAAUCUGCCACAGAAGAUCCUGUUCCAAUCAGAGCGUCUCAGCAUGAAAUGGACCCAAGUGCACCAUAUUGGAGCAGGUCUUCAAAACCUGGGCAACACAUGUUUUCUGAAUUCAGCUCUUCAGUGUCUUUCUUACACUGCACCCUUUGCCAACUACAUGUUGUCAGGAGAGCAUUCCAAAACAUGUCAUGAAUCUGAGUUUUGCAUCUGUACGAUGCAAAAUCACAUUACCCUGGUGUUUGCUAAUUCUGGGAAUGUCAUUAAACCCAUUGGCGUGCUGCAUGAACUAAAACGGAUUGCAGAGCAUUUCCGGUAUGGAAAUCAAGAAGAUGCCCAUGAGUUCUUGCGGUACACAGUGGAUGCAAUGCAAAAGUCCUGCCUGUCUACUGAUAAGUAUAUACAUGGCACUAAUCUGAUCCAGCAGAUAUUUGGAGGACAUCUGAGGUCUAGAGUAAAGUGUCGGAACUGUAAAGCCGUAUCAGAUACAUUUGAUCCUUAUAUGGAUAUUGCACUGGACAUUGAGAAUGCACCAUCUAUUAAUAAGGCUCUUGAGCAGUUUGUGAAGCCUGAGCAGUUGGAUUGGGAGAAUGCAUACAGGUGCAGCAGUUGUAAGGAAAUGGUUAAAGCGUCCAAAAGAUUAACCAUCGACCGCAACUCCAAUGUGCUCACCAUCUCUCUGAAACGCUUUGACUUCAGUGGAGUCAAAAUCUCCAAGGACGUGAGAUACAAUGAGUAUAUUGACUUGCGGCCCUACAUGUCUAAGUCUCGUGGAGAGCCGCAGAUUUACGGGCUGUAUGCUGUACUGGUUCACUCAGGCUUCAGCUGCUAUGAAGGACACUACUACUGCUAUGUAAAGGCAAGUAAUGGCCAGUGGUAUGAGAUGAACGAUUCAUCGGUGACUCCCACUGAUAUUCGUUCUGUGCUGGACCAACAAGCAUACCUGCUGUUCUACAUCAAGCAAAGGACAACACAUCUGAAAAAUGGAGAUUUUAUUCACAAGGGUUUUACUCCAGGCCACUCAUCUCCCCGGCCAGUUGUAAAACAGAAGCUAAAUGGGCAUUCUUGUACCUCCUCACCUAUAAUUGGCCCACAGCUCCCUCACAUGCUAAAGAAUAAUUCAUAUGUGAAUGGCAACGGCUCCUCGAAGGACCAUAACAAUGGCUUAGAGCCGAGCAGCAGUGGCAUUAGUGAAGGGAACACCUCCAAAUUGUCCUCCUAUUCCUUCACAACUUCAUCCUCCAAUUCUGAUCAUCCCGUCCAACCCAGGGUCAAAAUGAGCUUUAUUGUUGCCAAUGGAGAGGUGACACAGUGCAACCCGACCUUAUCGUCUGCAUCAACUUCCAGCAGUCAUUCGUCUCCAUUCACAGCUGGUCAUCAGCAUUUUCACCCUUCAUCCUCUACCUCAAAAUGCCAGCGCUCCAAGCAGGUCAAUGGCACAUCCUCAUACUGCACUGCUACUUUCCUGGUUCCUUAUGAUGAGAAAUCAUCUCAUGAGUCUGGCCUGGAGAGCAAAUUCUCGGACAGCAGCACGUUUAAGCCUCAUGGUGUUGCCAAGACAGCCAUUGAGAACGGUGGCAUGCACAGCCCUCUUUCUCAUAAUUCAAGCUCACCUUCACCCUGCAGAAAUCCAACAGACUCUCAGAGAUCCAACAGCCUCUCAGAGUCUUACACAGGUGCAAAUGGUUCAGGACACAGGCAUGUGAAUGGCCAUCACAAAGUCAAAGGCUUCAAACAUUCUGACAAGACUUCAGACAGUCCUGCCUCUGCUUCUUCCAUAACUGACUCUGAUUCGCAGCGUGUGUCAAACUGUCCCAGAUCAGAGGGCCUUCUUUCCCAAUCAAUCAAUACGGAAAGGGCUAAACCACUCACCAACCCUCUUGUUCAGCGUGUCUCGAACCCAGCACCCACACUGGGCACAGACCUCCAGGCAUUGUCUAAGCCAGCAGAGGUGAUGCCUAAAACACAGGUGACCUUAACAGAUUCGUCAAGUAAAGAGAAGGCCACAAAAGAGUCAGCUGUGAGCAAUCACAAUCUUACCCAGCAGAAGAAUGAUAAACCUCCAUCACAGAGAAGUCCCAAGAUGGCAAAUAUCUGUAAACAAACAAAUGGCAAAGACAACAUGAAAAUGUGUCAGUCUGGCAAAAUCCAAGAGCAUUACCGAUAUUUGACUCCUACUGAGGACAAGGAUGGAGACAAAAAGAACAGUCGAAACUGCAAAGAGCGUUAUGGAGACAGCCAUCAGUCAGAAAAAGAGUAUUACCCACCUAGGAAACGUGUCCGCGAUUCCUCCAGAGAUAAAGAGGCAGCUCAGUACCGGGACAAAUACGCGGACCAUCACAGAGACUACCACUACAAAAGAGGGAGAGAGAAGUAUUCGUGGGCUCCGGAAUGGGACAGGAGAUACCAGACCUCGCACCGCUCUUCAAGACAUAUAUAAAGACAUAUAUAAACAUAUAUAAAGACAAAUACAUUACUGUUCAUCAGAAUAGUUAUCAGAGAGACUCAGACCACAUAGAUUUCUGGGCACAAUUUCACGUUUUUCUAUUGUCAUUAAAAUAUUAAAGCAUUUAUAUUUCUGCAACGGAUGGUUAAUUUU